AUGGCUGAAGAAGACCACACCUUUGAGACCGCGGAGGCCGGGGCCUCCUUGACGUACCCUAUGCAGUGCUCUGCGUUGAGAAAGAACGGGUUUGUGGUGAUCAAGGGCAGACCAUGCAAGAUCGUGGACAUGUCGACCUCCAAGACCGGGAAGCACGGUCACGCCAAGGUGCACUUGGUGGCGAUUGACAUCUUCACCGGCAAGAAGUUGGAGGACUUGUCUCCUUCCACGCACAACAUGGAGGUGCCAGUGGUCAAGCGGACUGAGUACCAGUUGUUGGACAUUGACGACGGGUUUUUGUCGUUGAUGACGAUGGACGGUGAGACAAAGGACGACGUGCGCGCGCCAGACGGCGAGCUCGGGGAGACCAUGCAGGCUUCGUUCGACGAGGGCAAGGACCUAAUGGUGACCGUCAUCACCUCGAUGGGCGAGGAGGCUGCGAUCUCGUUCAAGGAGGCGCCUAGAUCCGACUGA